UCGUCUCGACCAGAGAGUGUCUGGUGGAAACAGAAGAGACCGCAGCUACAGUUCAUGUACUCAAGCCAUGGAAAUAACAAUCAAGAGUAUUCCUCUGAAGAUUGUCAAUAUUCCAUGGAGGAAUAACAAUUUGAGUAAUCUUCAUUCAGAACCUCCUCUGUCGGAACAUGGAGAAACUAUCAUUGGAGUCUACCUGCUGGUCUUAGGAUGGCUGUCCUGGUUUGGAAACAGCUUAGUGAUGUUUGUCCUAUACAGACAAAGAGCCUCACUGCAGCCAACAGAUUUCCUCACUUUAAAUCUCGCCAUCUCGGACGCCAGCAUUUCAGUAUUCGGCUACUCCCGAGGCAUCCUGGAAAUUUUCAACAUCUUCAAGGAUGAUGGUUUUCUCAUCACCUGGAUUUGGACCUGCCAGGUGGAUGGUUUCUUCACUUUGAUGUUUGGCCUGGCAAGCAUCAACACCUUGACUGUUAUCAGUGUGACCAGAUACAUCAAGGGAUGCCACCCCAAUAAAGGUUGCUGCAUCAGCAUGAACACCAUUGCGAUAUCAUUGAUCUGCAUCUGGACCGGAGCAGCGUUUUGGUCAAUUGCACCAUUGAUGGGCUGGGGAAGUUACACAGAUCGAGGAUAUGGAACAUGUGAGGUGGACUGGUCCAAAGCGAACUAUUCCACCAUCCAUAAGUCCUACAUCGUCUCCAUCCUCAUCUUCUGCUUCUUCAUCCCUGUGAUGAUCAUGCUCUUCUCCUACACGUCCAUCAUAAACUCUGUGAAAAGCACAAACGCCAUGUCAGCGGAAGGUUUCGUCACCGCCCGGCAAAGGAAAGUGGAGAGAGAUGUCACCAGGAUCUCCAUAGUAAUUUGCACUGCUUUCAUCAUGGCCUGGUCGCCAUACGCAGUCGUGUCCAUGUGGUCGGCUUGGGGCUUCCACGUGCCAAGCACCACCAGCAUCAUCACCCGUCUCUUCGCUAAGUCCGCCAGCUUCUACAACCCUCUCAUCUACUUCGGCAUGAGCUCCAAAUUCCGCAAGGACGUGUACAGUCUCUUGCCCUGCUCACAAGAGAACAGGGACGUGGUCCGCCUGCACCGCUUCAAAAACAUCAAGCUCAAGGCUGAGGCCACGCCCCCACCUGCACCCCCUCCUGUCCAGGUACUGGAGGCCAAAUACACAGUGAAAGAAGUGAUGCAAUGUAAUCCUGACAACGACUCAGGAGUCAACAGUGCUCCUGAGUCGCCCCCAACUGACACGCGGAUCUUCCACAUUAGCUUGCCCUCACAUAUUGAAACAUCAGAGUACUGCUGUGACAGACUCUAAAGACUGAAACCAUGCUACUUGAAAUCAUACUUGAAUUAUGAGGGGAAAUGAAGAGAGAUUUUUCUAUUUUGCCUCUUACCCGUGUUAUAAAGGUGGUAUAAUGUGUUGUUACUGUCAAUAAAGUUAUU